AUGGCUGCUGCUGCAUACCUCGGUGGACCCAUCACGGCUCUGGUGCUCCUGAUACUGGAAACUCAAAAUGACUAUGUUAGAUUUCACGCUUAUCAAUCUGCUCUUCUCACUACACCACUUCUCGCUCUUAUCCUCUUCUUCCAUCUCGUCAUCUCCUUACCUGCGUUCCUUCAAAUCCUCCUGAUUAUCGGGUCCGUCGGUAUUACCCUUUGGACUUCGUUCAGAGCAUGGAAAGAUGCACAGGAGGGACUGUCAAGGUAUUGGCUACCUUAUAUUGGAGAAGUCGCCGAGCGUUGGGUCAGUGAAGAGAAGAAUUACCUCUCCUUACCACUCUGGCCGACAUUGAUCUUGACAUUCCUCCUGGGCAUAGGUGUAGGCACGCUUUCUUCCUCUCAUCGACAAAUUACACAUCAACAGCAACAAGAUGGCUUCACUUCGUCCGCCUUUCGCAUCGAUAAAUCUCAAUUCUUGCCUGCGCCUCCGCUGCCUGAACGUCCAUCUUACCUUCCUGAACCUGUACAGCCGAAAGUCAGUGGAAUGGUUGUACCUAAUGCUUUGCAUUAUGUCUAUGGAUUGAAACCUGUGAAGGAGGGCGAGAAGGUGGAAGAAUUGCCAUAUUAUGCGUAUUUGGCCAUACGGAGUGCCAUAAUCAAUCUGCGUCCGGAGAUGAUCUUUUUUCAUCAUCAGAACGUUCCUACCGGUCCGUGGUGGGAUGAGAUUGUUCCUCAUCUGACCUUGAUCAAGACUCAAGUUCCGGAUUCAUAUUUGGGUCGAAAACUGUCCCACUUUGCGCACAAAGCGGACGUUUUGCGUCUGCUCGCGAUGAAGUAUUCAGGUGGGAUAUACUUAGACAUUGACAUGUUUGUGUGA